CGAAUAAAAUCAGUUCGACUUCGAACUUUUAUGCUCAUCUUGAGUUUUCAUUGGAAUGGUAGACGAAGCAGCUGUUGUAUUUUGAAGUCUAACAUAGUCGAUGAUGGCGAUGAGUGACGGUCCUAUCCUGCUGGUGUGCGACUGCUGCGAUGGCGAACCAGAAGUCUCAUCUGUGUUGAAAGGCCUUCUGGGUGUUGACCAGCUGCCUGCGUCUAGACAGCCAUGCAGUGAGAUCAGAGAGUACACACGCACACUGGAUAACAAGUACUACACGGCAGACAUCAACGUUCAGCAUCUGCUGCCGUGCCCCGCGCGUCCAUGCCCCAGCGUUGCUGACAGUCCUGUCGAAGCACUGCUGGUUACGUUUGAUGCUGGCAAGACAUCCAGCUGGGACGAUGCAAAGAAGUGGGCAAGCUUUGCAGAGGAACGUGACCUGGACAUUCGCCUGCUUCUAUGUGACCAGGUAGCGUCAUCAUCAACGACAACGCGCACUACAGAGGGUGAUGGCCAGGAACGUGGUGCCGACGUAGUAGUAUUGGACAAGGAGACUUGUCAGACCUGGUGCAUUCAGAAUGGCUUUGAACUGGUCGAGAUGAGACCCCUGGACGAUGAUAGUGGUGCUGAAAGUGAUGAUGAGGAAGGAUUUGGUAAGGAGUUGAGGGGAGUGGAGCGCUGUGUGCAAGUUCUCAACUCUCACCAGUGGACAAACCUCAUACUAAAGGAACAAGAUAGCAGAGGAAGGCAUGCGGCAGCGCGGGAAGAAGCUUCUGGCACGUCAUCUGCUGCCGCUGGUGCAAAACCGGUAAGUUUGCAAGACUUAGAGAAGCUGCAUGCCGAGAAAGCCAACGAGAACAGGCAGAGGGACGCAUCAUCCUCGGCAGCUGCUGCCACCACCUCCGAAAAUGGUUUAGACGAGUCUGCACUGGAUGCCGCUGCCAAUGGAGCAGGCUCGAUGGCGGGGUGUUCGGAAGAUGAAUUCAGCCAGCUUUUCGAGAAGUUUGGAGCCAUGAAAACGCAAGCCGAUUCCUUGGAGCCAUCUGAGCGAAAAGCUUACGCCGAGAAGGUUGUGAUGGCUUUCUGGCAAGCCAUGGGUGGUGAUGCUGAUGAGAUGGGUGACCUUGACGGCGAAGCGGACAGUGACUAGGACACUCUGCCUGCGCUCGCGCUCUUGGUGGCGAAAGAUGUCGCAUUGCAAGCCGAUCACUCCAUGUACUACGCCAUGCACAAUACGGCCGACGGGGCACAACUGUCCCGGUGCGAGGUUUUUUCUGGUCAUCAUUCACCCUGCCGUGGCACUGGCCAUUUGGCUCGCGUUAGUGUGGUGACCUCUGCCAUCCGUAAUGACAGUAAUGACAGUAAUGACUCUAAGCAACCACUAGUAGUGUGGCAGGCAACAAGCAUGUUCUGGGGCUGAGAACGGGGAAAGGAGUGAACCCACAUCUACAGCCUCCAUUAUGCUGUUCUGCUCGCAUGCAUAACACGGCUAGUGCUUGUGUUUGGGCAUUGCUGUUUAACCACCGGCUGGAUGGGUGCUUGCUUGUCUGUCCAUCGUCGUCCAUCUUGUCGUGUAGCGGGCGGAACCCACUGGCUACUCAUGCUGCCCUCUGUUGCCCCGGCAUGCGUUCAACCAGAUACAACAGCAACUCGUAACAGUAUGAGACCAAGAACUUU